AUGUUGGAGAUGAGAACACUUGCUGUGUUACUCCUGGCCAGUUUGGCCACUUUUGGGUCAGCACAGGAUAAAUGUGUCUUCAAGUUUGAGGCGGCGCCCCCCAAGGGGACAACCUGCGCCUCACUAAAGGACAUCACGGCAAUGGACAAGGACCUCACGGAUAUCAAGGCAACGAAAAUGGCGUCUGAGAUCGCCCCUGCCAUGAAGAAACUAAAGGACGCCGUCAAGAAACGGGUUCAGGUUGAGAAGAUACUUGCCGAGAUGACAGCCAAGGUUAAAAAGAUGGAGGACAACAUGAAGAAGCUGGACAAUCCAGGUGCCGCAGCAGCUGCGAAGCCUGCAGCUGGGAAUACAGGUGCUACAGGUGGUGCUAAACCAGGUGCUGCAGCUGGCGCUAAACCAGGUGGCGCUGCAGCUGGUGCUAAACCAGGUGCUGCUAAGCCAGGUGCUAAACCAGCAACCCCACCUAAACCAGCUGAUCCUGGUGAUGACAAGGAUUGUGCUGGACUGAAAUUGAAAGACAAUAGUAAAAAGACAGGACUGGCCUCCAUCAAGCCUCCAGGACAGUCAGCUGCCAUGCAGGUCUGGUGUAACAUGGACAUAGGGCAGGAGCCCAGGGGAUGGGUUGUUAUACUCAGGAGGGAGAAUGGAAGCCUUGACUUCAACAAGAAGUUUGCUGACUAUGAGAAAGGUUUUGGAACACCAAGCUCUCCAAAUGACUACUGGAUUGGGCUGCAGAAUUUGCAGAAGAUAACAGCACAGGAUGAGUGGCAGCUGUACGUCUCUCUGACAGACCAUGACAACAAAGAAGCGUUUGCCAAAUACAAGAAGUUCAAGGUGUCCGGAGCCGACUACAAACUCACCAUUGAAGGGUUUGAUAUUCUCAGCACAGCAGGAGAUGGCUUAACUGACUUUAACUUUAACUCAUUACCUUGCACAAAUCAUAAUUAUAUAUCUUAUACCUCAUUGACCAUUGUUUUUCCCCUUCUUACCCAGGACAGCAAUGGUGUUGGCUUCAGUGCCAAUGACAAGGACAAUGAUGGUUCCAAAACCAGCGAGUGUGGGAAACAGUACCAGAGUGGCUGGUGGUUCAACCAGUUCUGCCCCAACCCUGCCAACCUCAAUGGGAAGUACCAUAAGAAGGGGGACCCAUUUGACUCCAGGGGUAUCUUCUGGAGAGAGUGGCGUCAGAACAAGAACCUGAAGAAGGCUGUGAUGAUGCUUCAGCGGAAGAGGGGGGCCAAGCCAGCUUCUGGCUAAUAGCAGAGCAAAAUCC